AUGAAACUUGCUCAAUCUUUGAAGCCAGAAAAGAAUCUGCCAAGUCUUUUACUAGCCACUCUAGCAAAAGCUGAGUACUUUUAUGGACUAAAUUAUGGCAUCAAUCAAGACAGUUGCCCUACUCUAGAAGACGUCAAAAAAGAUCUUACUGCCUUAAAACCGUACACAAACCGUAUUCGUAUCUUCUCAUUAUCAGUUUGUAACCAAGCCGAGCUUGCUCUUCAGGCCACUCAAGAGCUGGGAAUGCAGCUCUAUCUUGGUAUGUGGGUUGACCGCCCAGACACUUUUGACAAUGAGAUGAAGGCUCUCGAUAAUAUUGCUUCAAAGUAUGGCUUCAGCAAUGUGGAUGCCAUCAUUGUCGGAUCAGAGGUACUUUAUCGUAACGACACCGAUUCUGCUUCUUUGGCCAAUUAUAUCAAGAAAGUUAAGGAUACCAUUGGCCCAAAGGGGGUCAAGGUAACUACUGCCGAUGUGUACUAUGAGCUCCCUCCUGAUGUCGUCCAGGAACUUGACUUCGUUAUGAUUUACUGGGAAGGUGUUUCUGUUCAAGAUGGAGCAUCUACCUUAAUGAACCACUAUGACCAUGUGGUAACCAUUGCUCAAGGAAAGCCCGUCAAAAUAUCUGAAACAGGAUGGCCAUCAGCCGGUGAUAACUUUGGUGAUGCUGUUCCAUCCCCUGAAAAUCAAAAGACGUACCUUGCCGCUGUUCUCUGUGAGGCUAAGAAAAGAAAUAUCGAUAUUCUUUGGUUUUCUGCCAAAGAUGAGCCUUACCGCUCUGGAGUAGAGGCCCAUUGGGGUAUUCUCAACGCAAACAAUACUCUCAAGAGCAACAUUCCACUUUCUACUCUCCAGAAUCCCUGUUAA